AUGAUAGAUAUUUGUGUGUGGUCAAGACAAGAUCUAUUAAACACUACCGCGAUGUGCGGCGUCUACUUCUCUUUGCUAAUCCUCAGCUGUAUCGCACAUACGAUCCACAGCCAAGCGAUACCACACGUGACGAUAUCUCUGGGACCAGCUCAACAUCUGAGAGGACUUAACACAACACAGGGUUCUGGUCACCGAGUCUACAAAUUCCUUGGAAUCCCGUAUGCUCGUCCGCCAUUGGGUGAUCGAAGAUUUCGGCCACCAGAACCAGAACCAGACUGGACAGGGGUCAAGGAUGCUGUCAACAGAAGUUCGAUAUGUCCCCAGGGGAACUCAAGAACAGAAGACUGUCUCUAUCUGAAUGUGUUCACCCCGGAUGUGAAUGGAACGCUUCCGGUUUUCGUUUGGAUUCAUGGAGGAGGCUACACAACUGGGUCAGCAUUUGGUGAUGGGGAUGGUGCUACCAUGGCGCCUCAAGGAAUUGUGACAGUCACAAUCAACUACCGACUUGGACCUCUUGGGUUCAUGUCCACGGGUGAUGCUGCCAUGCCGGGAAAUUAUGGGAUGCUAGACCAAGUUUUGGCUCUGAAGUGGGUAAAGAAAUACAUCAAAGCAUUUGGUGGCGAUCCUACUCAGGUAACAAUUGGAGGCGAGAGCGCAGGAGCUCACAGCGUCUCGUUGUUGAUUGUAUCGCCUCUAACCAAAGGGCUCUUCCACAGGGCGGUUAUGGAGAGUGGAUCAGGGCUUGCUCUAACGGCACUAGAAAGACCAGGGACAAGAACUAAAUUGAGAACAACCACCCUACGGUCUGCAGCCCGUGUUGGAUGUAAUCAAGCUGCUUCUUCCGAAAUCCUGCAGUGUCUACAGAAGGUUGAUAUUCAGCAUCUUAUGAACGCUACCAGAGAUUUUACUCCAUUGCCUAGAAUUGAAACCACCUUUGGAUUCAUGCCCGAAGAACCGAUAACUCUGAUACGAAAUGGUAAUUAUAAUAAAGUGGAUACACUACACGGAACUAACUCGGGCGAAGGGGCUGGCAAUGUCGUCGACGCUAAGAACGAUGGAGUGACUCUGCAAGAGUUCAGAAACACUAUUGGAAGUCAAGUCGGAGGAUUUCUCAACGCAGGCGCCAUUACCAGUCUGUUUACUGAUGCCUACACUGCUAACCUAACAGACCCUUUUCUGCUACGGCAAACUUUAGUUCACGCAGUUGCUGAUAUUAAAUAUGGCGGUGCAACUAUGGUUGAAACCAGCAAGUAUGUUUUGGCGCCGAACACGAAACAUUUCUUGUAUGAGUUUGCUUACAGAAUAACCGGAACAGGCUCGCCGGAGUGGCAAGGCGUCGGUCACGCAGCAGAAAGAGGCUUUGUGUUUUAUGGAGGUUUUUCUCAUCCAAACGACAAAGCGAUUGGUGAAACUGUUCAGAAGAUGUGGGCGAAUUUCAUUAAAAACGGUGACCCAACACCCACGGACAUCACCAUCAAAUUAGAAAGUGGCAGUAAUACUAUCAAGUGGAAUGCGUUUACCAACAAUAACCCUCGCAUGUUAAUAAUUGACGCGCCCUCAAAACUCGUGACAUAUCCUCGACUAUUCGUCGUUCCCUUAUUUGAGAAAAUUCUAGAAAUAAUGCAGUCAGACGUAGAGCCCAUUGUUGGUUAG